GCCACUGAAGCUGAAAAAGAGGCGGAUAGCUCGUCCGCAUAAUAAGAAAUAGCUCACUUUAAGUGUAGCUUUUACCCUCAGACGACAAUAAUUUGUUUAUUUUUAUUAAAAGCAGGCUCUCAGCCCACAGAACGCUUGCGUACGGUGUAUCGUGCAGCCGCGACAGUUUAGAAAGAAAACCCAAAAAGCGAGGAUGUUGGUCCCCGCGGGAAGAUAAUGAAGAGGCUGCGCGUUUUGUUGGUGUGCCUCAUUGUAGCUCUCCUGUGCUGGUACCCCAGUCAACAUGUGUAUUGUUCAGAGCAGAGCCUGUCUGGCUCAGGUCAGUCUGGCCAGGACAGAGACCCCGACAGACACGAGCACGAGAAGGACUCCGCACAAAACAAGGUGGUGGAAGAAUGGCCUACAGGCACAUCAUACGAUAUGGGAUUAGAGACGGAGAGAGCAGCACAAGAGAAGCUAGCAAGCAAACAUCAUAAACUGACUGUGAAUCUGUUGGAAACGGUGGUGGAAGAGACGAAACCAGACCCAGAGUCAGAUACUGUACCUGUUGCUCCUGAGCCAGAACCCACCUCAGAGACCCAGACUGAUUUGGACUUGCAGACUCGCACACAGGACCAUGACCAGGAGGCCCCAGUGUCCCCAACUUCAGAAUCAGUUCCAGUACAAGACCGUGUGUCUACAGAAGCUGCAGCCACAGCAGAGACCUCUGGUGAAACCCUAGCUGCAUAUCCAAGCCUGGACUCACACCCAGCCACAACCCCAGAUGAAGCUGAAACCAUACCUACCUCACAGAGUGCCGGCCCAACCCACCCAGGUGCAGUGCGGGUUGCCAGUGCAGGAGAUGAACUCCCAGUAGACAGCUUUGUCUUUGCUGAGCACUCUGAUUCACAAUGCAGGGUCAUUCCCCCCCAACUGCCAAUCUGUGAUAACUCCCCUUUUGGCUUCCCUGUCCUCAGUGUGAUUGAGAGUGAUACAGAAGACCAGGCGUCAAGCCAGAGCCACAGUACUGACCCUAACGCAGAAGGUCAGUCUACGUCUGGACUAGUAGACUGGAAACAACAGCAAGAACAGGAGCUGGUAGAUGGUCUGUCCAGUUUGGAGCAGGAGAGCAACACUUCCCAACAUCAUGAGCAGCAGAUGGGGGAGACCAACACUGCCAGAGAAACUGACCCCUCUGUGCCCAGCAAAGAGGACAUCCCUACCUUUGAUGAAUGGAAGAAGCAAGUCAUGGAGGUGGAGAAGGAGAAAAGUCAGACUCUCCAUACCUCAACUACUGGCUGCCCCCAUCCAGUGAAAAAGGUCCAGAAAAACUUCAAGAAUAAUUAUGCCUCUGUGGAAUGUGGUGCCAAGAUACUCUCUGCCAACAAUGAGGCCAAGAGCACCUCAGCUAUUCUCAUGGAGAAUAUGGAUCUUUACAUGCUUAAUCCAUGCAGCAACAAAAUCUGGUUCGUCAUAGAGCUAUGUGAGCCUAUUCAAGUCAAACAGCUGGACAUAGCUAACUUUGAGCUUUUCUCGUCCACACCUAAAGACUUUUUAGUUUCCAUCAGUGACAGAUAUCCCACCAAUAAGUGGGUAAAGCUGGGUACUUUCCAUGCACGUGAUGAGAGGAUAGUCCAGAGUUUCCCUCUGGAUGAACAGCUGUAUGCUAAAUAUGUGAAGAUGUUCAUCAAGUACAUAAAGGUUGAACUCCUUUCUCACUUUGGAUCAGAACAUUUCUGUCCCCUCAGUCUCAUCAGGGUGUUUGGUACCAGCAUGGUGGAGGAGUAUGAGGAGAUUGCAGACUCCCAGUACCCCUCAGAGAGACUGGAGUACCUGGACGAAGACUAUGACUAUCCUCCAGGAUACCAGCCGCCUGAGGACAAGGCCUCUAAAAACCUGCUUGGCUCAGCAACCAAUGCAAUCCUUAACAUGGUAAACAACAUUGCUGCUAACGUGCUUGGUGGCAAGCCAGAACUGGAGGGUGGAGCAGAACCAGGAGGUAAUACAACAGCAGAGGGGGGUGAAAACAAGGGGAGCACAGACGUUACAGAAAAACCAGCUGAAGCCCCUCAUGAAGUAGAGGAGCCGGCAAAACCAGAGCAACUUCCAACAGAGGAACCCUCGAAUGUCUCCAGUGACUCAACAAUAUCUCCCCCCUCAUCAUCCGAGUCCCACGAGGACAGACAGAUUGUGACUCUGGUUGAAGAAGAGGAGGAAGACGAGGAGCCCAAGCUGUCGACUGUCACACUGUUGGAGGAGGAGGGGGAGGAAGAAGAGGAGAAGAGUGAGGAAAAAAGAAGGAGGGAGGCGGACAGGAACCAAUGGGAGAGCCAGACUUACUGUCCUUUCUCCUCCUUCUCCUCGCUGUCUCUGUCCUGCAUGGCCACGCUGCCGGAGCUGCUACAUCGCUGGUGCUCUUCCAGGCUGUCCAAGGAGAGACUGCGCAGCCUCAAAAGGAAACAGCUCAGCACUCAAACACACACUCGCUCUGAUGAGAGCACCUCUGUCCUCACACACACCCCCCCACUGCUCCCUGUCCCCGUCCCUACACCUCCCCAACAGUCUCUUCCUCUCACGGAGAAAGUUAUAGAACCUGAAGUGGCGGUAAAAGGCCUCAGUGAGGGGAAGCCUUCGGGUGAGGUACUCACCACCGACAGACAUCUCAACAUGCACACACCUGACACACACACUCCAGAACUCAACAUCCUCCUUGAGCCUAGUAGAACCUCCACCAUCCCCCCUCACAGUUUCUCAGACAUCCACAGCUCUCUGACAAGGCCCACCCCCACCCACGAUGAGAAGCCGUUACCUCUUGUUAAAGACGCAGACCUGGACCAUGGACCCACUCCACCCCUUCAAACUGCUUCUAUCCCAGAGACGCAGCAGGCCAGCAGUGCCACCUCCACUCUUACUGUCAGUUCCACUCCACAACCUCUCUCCUCUGAGAUGGCGUCUUCGGGUUUGGUAGUUCCUUCUGUUAAAGAGCAGCCUGUUCAGUCUCUUCCUACUGCAUCAAGGCCUGAGGACCUUAUACCCCCUCCUACUGAGCUCCCAGCAGCUUUCCCACCAGCUGACACACAUACAGAAACGGUUAGGUCAGGCACAGACACUGCUGGAGACACCCAGAGACAAAAUGUUCAAGCUCCUCAGAUCCAUGGGGAGCAGGGGGAGUCUCCUUCUCAAAUAGAAGAGCCCCGUAGGGUGGAGGACACAGUGGAGGAGGACCUGUUGAGCACCAAUGGGAAUGGCAACAUCCACCGGACAGCUACAGACUUCUAUGCAGAGUUGCAGAACGGAGGAGAUUAUAACGGUGGAGCAAUGAAUGGCAACGGUGGGUUAUCAAAUGGAGGAGCCGUUCAUGGGUCCAGCCAGAAGGAGAGCGUCUUCAUGAGGCUGAACAACCGGAUCAAAGCUCUGGAGAUGAACAUGAGUCUGUCCAGCAGAUAUCUGGAAGAGCUCAGCCAGAGGUACCGUAAACAGAUGGAGGAGAUGCAGCGUGCGUUUAAUAAGACCAUCAUCAAACUACAGAACACCUCCCGCAUAGCUGAGGAGCAGGACCAGAAGCAGACCGAUUCCAUCCAGGUCCUACAGAGCCAGCUAGAGAACGUCACCAAAUUAAUGCUCAACCUUACAGCUACAGUGAGCCAGCUGCAGAGAGAGGUUUCUGAUCGUCAGAGCUACCUGGUGGUCUCUCUGGUUCUGUGUCUGUUGCUGGGGCUCCUGCUGUGUCUGCAAUGCUGCCGCAGCUCAUCUCCCAGCCCCAGUUCCAACAUUGCUGCCAUCCCCAAGAGCAACCACUACCCUAGCCCCAAGAGAUGUUUCUCCUCUUAUGAUGACAUGAGCCUAAAACGCAGGGUGGCAUGUCCACUUGUCCGCUCCAAGUCAUUUCAGCUGUCCUCUACAGAAGUAGGUCCAGAUGACUUGUACAUUGUAGAACCUCUAAGGUUUUCUCCAGAGAAAAAGAAAAAACGCUGCAAGUCAAAGUCUCUGGACAAAGUUGAGACCUUGAAGGCAUUCGAUCCCUCUGCGCUCCUCGCAAACGGGGAUCCCAAGUGCAAUGGCUUCCUCCCAUCCCUCCCUGCACCACCACCCCUUCCUUUACCUCCUCCCCCUCCUCCCUUGCCACCUCUCCUUCCCUCUACAGAGGAGGUGUCAUCAUUACACUCUUGCACCCCCAAGGAAUUCCCCUCAGAAACUAGCAGCUGCAGCUCAUCCACUCAUUCGGAGGAGUCGUACACUAGCCGCCUCCCACCUCCUUCUCCAAUCUGCCCCCUCACCGGCAUGUGCAAUGGCCACGCCCUUUCUUUCCCCCUGAGCCAGCUUCCAGCCAAGUCCCGCCAGGAGAAGCGCUCGACAAAGCGGCGGAAGUCUCGACAAACUGAGCUACAGUUCCCUCACAUGCCCGGGGGGAGCGUCAGCCCUCUUCCCAGUCUGCAGCAGCUUAUGAAGGGAAACAAGGAGAUUAGUGUCGGGACCAUCGGGGUGACUGCUGUCAACGGACAUAUCUGAAAUCUAAAACUUUACAUUUUAAAAGUUUUUGCUCACAAGAAAAAGGCAAACUCUUGAGAAAAAGAGGUCUUAUCACAUCCCAAAGAACCACAUUUCCCAUGAGCACCCAGGCGUACCGUGGAGCUGAAGUGGGUAUGGCAGCAUUAGCUCAUCCAGCCCUUAUCCACUCUUGUCAAAGACCUGUUUACGGUUAUGUGCCUUUAUAUCUGUUGUAGACCUUUUAAUUCCUUAAAGCAUUAAAGAAAAGUUGUACAAAGAGAGACACUGUGGUGGGGAGCGACACAUCAGUACCAUCAAAUCCAUCUGGAGGUUCAUUUUCUUCUUCUGGAUAAGCACACCCUCUGUAAUGUUUUUCCCCACAUGGUGUGCACAGAGACCAGAGGUUCUAGCCUCAACUCUACGUUCCUUAAACGAGUAUUAGGCUGCUGCUUUUGGAGGAAAGUGUCAUUGUGAGAGAACUGUGGAGCAUGACGCCUUCUUUCAUCCUUAUCUGCUUCUGAGUUUUGUUGCCAUCAUCUAAUUUCAUCCAUCCUGUUUUAAGUUCUGAAAAGAUGCAGGUGUUCGUAUGGGACCAGUGUUAAAUUCUCCUUGUGCAUGCAUCUGAUUCUCUUGCUAUGUCAGCCUGUUUCAAACCAACCACAAGAGCUGAAUGAAGAAACUGAAUUUGCAUAAUAGUAAAUAGCCUUAGUGAGUCAGCCCUUAAAGUUUUCUGUCUUAUUUAACAUCAUAAUUCAGGUACAGUAAUAGCAGUCUGCAGAUCCUACAGGCUUGUAGUGAAAUAUUUAAUCUACUUAGUGAUUUGGGCUGGGCCCAAAACACACUGCUCACACACAGGUGCAGAAGCAUUCUAUUAUGUUAGAUUCUGUUACUCUGAUGAAGGUAACCAAGCCAGAGAUGAGCUGGAUUCUGUUUCUAUGUGUAUGUCAGUCAUUUAAAACUGAGCCAUGUCCCGCUCUCAUCCUUGCUGGUUUGGUUUAUUUAAAACCAAUCAGGAGGAAAUGGUUCCUGCUUCGGGCCCGAUGUACUGUAGGAAUGCAUUGUUUAGCGGAGUUGAAUGUUUACACUUGUAUCACACACACAACUGCUGGGACCCUGCAGACCAGUCUGACUGACCAGUUUUAUUUAUCUAUUUAUUUAUUUAAAAGACUAUAUAGGUUUUUCUAAUCAAGGCACUGGUUGGUCAGUCUCCCGGUCCUGCAGGGCCACAGCAGUUUAUUCAUUGAGUUUUUUUUUUUACAUAGAAAUAUUACUCAGUGGUACUGAUGAAUACAGUCAUGGAGGAUGGCAGGAUGGAUCUCUCCUAUGUUACACGUUAUUGUAGAUUUUUACUGCAUGAAGCUUUUGAUAGUGUUGGCUGACAUUUCAAGCUGAGGUAAAGUAUCAUCUCAGUCACAUUUUACAUCCAGCAGAAUAAGAUUGUUUAUGAUUUUAUUAGGAUCAUCACACUGCAGUUUCUGUCUGUUCAGAGCUGCUGGGUAAUUAGAAAUAUUGGAAAGGGCUGAGCUAAGUGUUUAUUGCUGUCCCGUCUUAUGUCUUUAUUGUUGUUGCAUCUAUUCUAGAUGAACUAACUUGAUUUUUAAGUCACUCUGCGCGGUAUCGUGACUGACCUACGCUAACAUUCGGUUCAAAUGUCUGCAGAAGUAAAAGCAGGGUAUUCGUUCUUUGUUUUUAAAUUAUAAAAUUUAAAUGUCUUUUUGUACAAACGCUGUUUCUGAUUGGCUCUGUGUGGUUGGUAUUGUGGACAUUUUGACUCAGACAGUACUACUCUUCCAGAAUAACAGCAUAGCUAGCUUUUGGCCCACCUUCUACAGCUCUUCUUCCUCCACAUACAGGUAACCGCUAGGGUCACCUCUGGCUCCUGCUGCAUGACUCUGUGAUUGUGGAGAAAACUUUGAAUACACCUGCUUGCAUUAACCACUCCAUCAUGUCUCCAGUCGGAGGCUUAAAACGCUUUCUCUUUCUACACCUGUGCUCGCUCUACUAGCUGAUCUUUCUGUGCACCCUCUCUCUCACAUUACACUCCUGCUAUCUUGUAUUGACUCAUUACUGCUGUCAGACUUCAUGUGUUUGCCCCACCUGGUAUGACUGUGAUGUUUUGUGAAGAGGAAAAUAAUUGAUUAAAGGGAAAGCAGCAAAAAUUAGUCUGAUCUGGAACACUAUAAAUGUGAUUGUUUGUUCCACAAGUCGUGCAAAUCCUUUUUUUUUUUUCUUUACCCUUUUUGAAUGUGUAUGAUGCGUGUAUACUUGUACACUUGUGAGAUUAUUUUGUCUGUCCCUGUGUGUGUCUCUUAUGAGAAAGACUACUUUGAACCUACUUAUACACAUAACACAGCAAACGAGGAGGCACUUGCAGAGAAGUUGUAGAAGCUCAUCGUGCACUUUUUAUAGCUCCUCAUGCCUUUUUUGUUGUUUUUCUACUUUCUAUGUCAAGUGCUAUCUUUUCUUUGUCUCUCCCUUUCUCUUUUUCUCUCUCUGUGAGUACUCUGAAGAGCUGCACAGUAUUUUUGAGCAAGAGUGAGUUACUACAAAAGCUGUAGUGCCAUUAGAAACUGUGAAUUCUUUCUAAAUAAAAAUAAAACCUUUUUUUGUUUUGUCUUUGA